UCUGCUUCCGGUGUGUUCGGAGCAUUCACGAGCAGCAGCGGAGAGAGCCGAGCGGCGAAGAAUGGACCAAACGGCUACUGCUGCCAAAUUACCGUGCAACAUCACUAACAACCAGGAUUAGCACAGCGGUCUCACAGCAGCACCAGCCCCCGGUCUGCACCUUCCCGUCACCGUGCUCCGAGAGCCCGCUGAUCGUGAGAGCUUUCGGCCGUGCGAAGGUGGGACUGGUUAAUAUCUCCAGAUGCCGAGGCCACUGCUGCCCCUCCCCUCCCUGUGUUAGAGCUGCCUCUGUCCCAUGAGAGUGUGCUCCGGGCGCUGCCACUGACCAGGGCUGUGGCUGCCCCCGCCGUCCCGCUCCACCAUGGACCAGCAGAGGGACAAGUAUGGAGAGCGGCCCUCCCGGAGCACCAAAGUGUCCCAGGGCAACCGCAGCGGGCACCCCUCCAGGCCCUCUGGCUCCUCCAGCUCCUCCGGGGUGCUCAUGGUCGGACCCAACUUCCGCGUUGGCAAGAAGAUUGGCUGUGGGAACUUUGGGGAACUUAAGCUUGGCAAGAAUCUGUACACCAAUGAGUAUGUUGCCAUUAAACUGGAACCAGUGAAGUCAAGGGCCCCACAGCUGCAUCUAGAAUACCGCUUCUAUAAAACGCUGGGAACCACAGCGGAGGGCGUGCCUCAGGUGUACUACUUUGGCCCAUGUGGGAAGUACAAUGCCAUGGUGCUGGAGCUGCUGGGCCCCAGUCUGGAGGACCUGUUUGACCUGUGUGACCGGACCUUCUCACUCAAGACAGUCCUGAUGAUAGCCAUUCAGCUGCUUUCUCGAAUGGAGUAUGUGCACUCGAAAAACCUCAUCUAUCGAGAUGUAAAACCUGAAAACUUUCUGAUUGGAAGACAGGGAAACAAAAAAGAACACAUUAUUCACAUCAUUGACUUUGGCCUGGCCAAAGAAUACAUCGACCCAGAGACCAAAAAACACAUUCCAUACCGAGAGCAUAAGAGUUUGACUGGCACUGCCCGAUACAUGUCCAUCAACACACACCUGGGGAAAGAGCAAAGCCGGCGUGACGACCUGGAGGCUUUAGGACACAUGUUCAUGUACUUCCUCCGAGGGAGUCUGCCCUGGCAGGGACUCAAGGCAGACACACUGAAAGAACGAUACCAAAAGAUUGGAGACACAAAACGAAACACUCCUAUUGAAGUGCUGUGUGAAAACUUCCCAGAGGAGAUGGCCACGUAUCUGCGGUAUGUGCGGAGACUGGACUUCUUUGAGAAACCAGACUAUGAGUAUCUGAGGACCCUCUUCACUGAGCUGUUUGAGAGAAAAGGAUACACGUUUGACUACACUUAUGACUGGGUCGGACGCCAGAUCCCCACCCCGGUCGGCUCUGUCCACAUCGACUCUGGAGCGUCGGCCAUCACACGAGAGAGCCAUGCACACAGAGACAGACCCUCCCAGCACCAGCCUGUCCGGAAUCAGACAGCGUCCUCCGAGCGGCGAGGGGCUUGGGAGGUGCAGCCAUCGCGACAGGCCAACUCCUCGUACCUCAGCUCCCACCUGGCAGCAGACAGGCACGGGGGUUCAGUGCAGGUGGUGAGUUCAACCAAUGGGGAGCUGAAUGCGGAUGACCCGGCCCACUCGAACGCACCAAUCACGGCGCAGACAGAGGUGGAGGUGGUGGACGAGGCCAAGUGCUGCUGUUUCUUCAAGCGAAAGCGGAAGAAGAAUUCCCCUCGUCACAAAUGAUGGUGCGGCCGCUGCACACAGGCUUUGUGAAUCCAGAACCUACGUGGUCCCUGUGUGAGAGGACUGAGACUGCACAGGCAGAGUUCUAAUGGGACCAGCAGUCACACGCCCAUGUUCAAGGCGCUCAUGUCUUAUACAGGAGUCCUUUCACAUUUACACUGUCCUGUCCUUCAAAAUUUCUGGGAUUAGUUUUUUAUUCUUUGAAAGUUCCCCACAAAAAACUCACACAGCAUCUGAUUGCCUUUUUGAUUUUAAGAUAUUUCCUGUGGACAUUUUUGUUUUUGAUUAACCGCCAUGUUCUAUUUUUUUUUUUUGCCUUUUUUUGCUUACUCACAAAGCCACAAAGGUCUGAAGUUUAACUGAAUGUAAACCAAAUCAGAGCCACCUUUGGGACCUGAUCUACCUGGACUCCACAAGGUCCGGUUCUCUCGGCUGAAGCACUCCUAGCAAUUCAUCACUUUUUUGUUUUUAGCUUUGUGACAGGCAACAACCUAACAACAUGGGGCUACUCCAUGCUAUUUAUGCUAUUUAUCUUAACACAAUUUCAAUACAUACACACUGAAUGUAUGGACAGAAACAGCAUUUAUAUACUCCGCAUGGAAGAUGGAAGGAAAUUGAAACCAAGACCAAGUUUGACGUUUUAAAGGAGACCAAAUCGGACUGCGGAUUUGGAAGAAGUCAAUCAUGGUUGUAUUAAUAUUUGAUGGUAUGUAUUGGCUAAACAAGGGAUGUGAUAGCGGACACCCCGGUCGGGAGAUCACUUACAGCUUGCUACUGUUCAAUGCCUUAACCCAAAAAAAAACAAGAC